AAGCUGUAAUCGGCAACCGAGAAAAGGGACGAAAAGAAUAAAAUAGUUAUUUAUUACUUAAGCUGGAUAUGAUGCCCACGUUUAGUCCCGCUUUUCUCCUCUGCAACUUGUCAGUCGUGAUUGUGGAUUUAUUCUCCCUCAAGAGCCUGCUGUCGUUCAAAGGUUUGAUACUUGCUUUUUUUCCGUCUGUUGCGUUCAAUUUUAUAGUCGAAUAUUGGCUAUACCGAUUUUGACGACAAAUUGCCGGGUUGCUGCCACGCUGAGGCGGCAAGACUCUCUUGGCACUUCUUGUGCUUUCGUAUCAUGGCCAAGCAAAAAUAUGGUCCAAGACUAGACGAUCAUCGCCAGCAACAUAGAGCUGCUAUAGCUUGUCCUUCAUCGUCCCUCUUAUCAAUCCUUGCAACUAUCGCAGCAAGCUCACACACUGUCGACGGAAGUCCACUCCCACAACCGACCCCACCUCCAUCUUUUCUAUGUCCGUCUAUAGAACAUCACAACAUUCAAAUUCGUGACCCGACACCAACAACCUCCUAUACUACCAUAACAGCAUCUUCCUCUGCCACAACUACUACCACGACCACUAAAUCAACACCACAAGUGGCAGACAAAUACGUUCAAGGGAGUGACGGCCGCUGGCGUAAGGCACAGGCCUGGACUUUGUAUGGCUCAACGUGCUGUUCUUCGUCUCCGGACCUUACAGUCGAUGAUUCACAAUCCACCCAGUCCUCAAUUCCAGCAGUUUCUACCCAAAUCGACUCCGUCCUUCCUGCUGGUUGGACCACAUCAUCCAGCAGCAAUCGCACCGACUCUAUCAUCAUCCUCUCACUAGCCAUAGUCUUAGCAGUAUCAAUCUGCUUCUUCAUCAUAGGUUGCAUUGUUUGGAGAAAGAGACGGAAGAAACGGUCAAUUAGAGAGAAGAAAAAGAAUGACUUGGAACUGAAAGCUAGAGAUAAGGCGAACCUGGAAGAUCCAUCAGAGGACGGCGAAAGGGAGAUUGAGGCGCGUGGAAAGAAUCGCUUGUGGGCGAGGGCAAGCGCUCGAUGGAAGGCUAACAUACGACAAUCUGCUCGUCGACGUAGGAAUCGACGUCACGGCUUCUCCUCGGGGAGGCUAAGUCGAUCUCAAUCCCCAACAUUAUUGGAUCCUCACGAGGCGUCCCCCCGUCCCUCCUCCAUAGUCUUAUCCCGGCGGCAUUCAAUAGCGCCCGUCUCUGAAGAUAACGAUUUCCAUGUUGUUGCCGUUGAGAAUUCUCCCACCCCCACACGACCACCAUCUACAUCACCCGACCCAUCAUGCUCACAUACUGUUUCGUCUCCCCCUGCUUACAUUUUCCCUGCACUGCAUAUGCCCCCGGAGAUUGAAGAGGCCUCGCACAUAACUUCGGGUGACACCACACCACGCCGAAGGCUACUGCUCUUUCCGCCUGUGCCCGAGGAUGAUGAAAUUCCUUACCACCCAAGCUAUGCUGGGCAUGUCGCCAUUGAUGAUAAGGCGCAUCUCGCUCGUAUGGCGGAGCUGGCUAGCGCGCCUCCUCCCGUGAUUGAGGAUAACAUUCGCGGGAGUGUUUCUCCGAUCUGCGAGUCUGCCCCUGAAUGGCAUGAUGAUUUCGAAGAUCCUCCUUCCCAGCCAGACACUUUCGCGCCCUCCGAAAUAUCUCCAUUCGACGUUGGUAAUUCAGGUUUCCCAAUACCACCCUCGAAAAGUAUCUUGUCACCAGGGUACUUUGACGGGCACAGCUAUUUGGACGAUAUCACCACCUUAGAUCCAAUCUCGUUGCCUUCUAUGCCCCCUUACGAGGCUGGACCGAACACCAUUCCAUUUGUGGAGACAUUGCGAGCCUCGGCUCCUCCAAUAUCGGAGGAUGACCAAGCUUUCGACCAUUGGGAAGGCAGUGCUCCUGAAGAAUCUGAUAUUUAUGGUGACGAACGGGACACCCACAUUUCACUAUCCCCUCCCCUGCCCUCGUCAUCUGCACUCAGUUCUCGAGAUUCUGCACCGCUUGAACAGGUUGUUAGCAUGGAUGGUGUACUUCCGAUAUACCAACCCUAGUGUUUUUGGUCCUCGUAUUUGUGGGCAUUUUGGGACGCUCGUCUAUUGUAGUGUACCAUAUACCUAAUUAUCACCCUGUCUCCAUGGACAUAUGUCAACUGCACGCUACAUUGUUGUAUGCAAUUUUGAAGUGCUUCAGGUAUUACAGCAAGGUAAAGAUUUGCUCACGUGAGCACCUUG